AGCUACCUUUAAAUCCAUCUCGCUGCAGUCGAGCUUAUUAGCCUUUUUCUUUCUAAUUAAAAUGCGUUUAGUUCUAUCAGUACUCGCUGUCUUGUUGGCUUGCGUAGCCGCUCAGGAUCAGCCUCAAUUCCUUGCUUAUCGUAAUCCUUAUCAGGUUCCGUAUUACGGGGAGAACGUCUUUGUUCCUGAAGAUCCCCGACUUUUUCGACCAACCACUACCGUGACAUUCACCUCAACUUCAACAACUACCUGCACCCAAUCUAUUGCUACAGCUUGUCGCAAACGCCGAGGCGUCCUGUAUGACGGAGACGAAGAAGAACAAUUUCCCAUUGUUCCGACUGCCGUUGAAACAGUUGAGCCCACCCAAGUAGCAAGCCGUGAUGUCCGCGCUGCUGAUCCGCAGUUGUUGUUCGUGGCUCCACAAUAUGCAUACCAACUUCAGUCUGGUUCUCAAAGUGGUCCGUUCAACUACCGUCCAGUUGCUGUACCUUUUUACGGCUCACACGCGCAGCCUGUUGCUGGCCAACGUCUUUUCUUCACUCAAAUUCAGUCGGCCUUCACCGUGACAACCACUUCAACUGUCUUCACUGUCACCACAUCCACCUCUGUACCAACUUGCUCAGUAGCCGGCACAAUUGCCCAGUGCCCAAAUGCAUAACUUGUUUACUCGAAAGCUGGUCGUUGUGACCCUAUCAAUAUUUUAGGAUCAACACACAAUAAUGUAUUAGAAUAUGAUGUUCUGUUUCGUAAUUUAAUAUACACCUUACAGCAUCAA